GUCGGCGAGCGCGCGGGCGGCAGUCGCACGCGUCGUCCAGGGGCACCUCGGGGCACCUUUUGGGCUCCCUGAGCACUUGGCGGCGGUGCGCUACGCUGCGAGCCCCUGUCUCCCCCGAGCGCCAGUGUGAACAGCUUCAGCCUCGCGAUACACAGCAGCUCGCUCUGGCAGCACAGCAGCGCCCUCGCCUCUGCGCCCGCUGCUCCGCUGCAUCUCAGUGUGCGUUCCUGCGCACGCCGCCAUGCGGGAGGACCGCGUGCAUAAACGUGCAUGAUUCGGGAACGGCCACUUUGAGACAGCCUACGGCUCCCAGCAGCCAGCCUCGCCGGCCAUGAACGUCUUCGCGGCCGCAGACGUCGCAGCGCCCCGCCGCCGCCCCUCGCGCAGCAACUCUCUCUCGUCGACGUCGACAGUCACGGUCAAGAGGACCGCCUCGUUCAAGGACCCCGUCGUGGAUCCGCCGCAACCCCACCGCUCGUCCACACCGCCUGGAGCCAGACGCCGCAGUAGCGCUGCCGCCGGCGCUGGCGACGCCUUAGGAGUCUUCAGGGACGACAUUGCCAAUCUCAAUCUCUGGGACAAGCCCGCCGCGAGCCUGCACCCGCUGCCCCAGCCCAGCUUCUCGCGCCAUCUGCAGUCGCAGUCGCUCUCCCUGCCCCUCGUCAAUGGCGCCGCUGCCCACCCGCACGCCCACCGACGCCCCGACCCAUCGCCCACUCGCACUCGCACGCCCACCGCCGCCCACCACCACCAGCGCUCGCCCGCCUCGAGUCCCCGCCGCUCCCAGCGCCCGCGCUCGCCCAUCCACAACCCCCCGCCCCCGCCCGCACGCCCUCCGCAGAUCCCCGUGCUGCCUGCCCUCCUCCCCGCUACCGUCUACGACCCCAACAGCCCGCACACGGGCUCCUCGAGCGACCUCCCUUCCACCGCCGGGCUCCUCACACCCACCACGUACUCGCAGGCUCCCACCGACUACUUCGCCGCGAAGCCCCGACCGCCCCCGGCCCAACGCCCGCCCUCCCGCACCAAGGCCGACAGGAUACUAGGCAGGUCGCCGCUGGGGUCCCCGCCCGUCGGUGUGCUCGAGUCUGAGGCCAGAUACAGGGCGAGUCCGGGUGCUUCUCGGCCAUUGGCGGCCGGUCGUCCCUCGACGGGGACCGCAAGGGAGGCCCCGCCAAAGCCAGCGCAGAGCGCCGCGCACGAAAGAUCAUUCUCGAAAGAGCAGGACUACCGAGAUCGGAGUGGAAGCAACGCGAGCAGCCGCCUAGACGACGGCGUUCAGGGCACCCCUCCGCGCACCAGGGAGCGGAGGGAGAAGGACAAAAAGACCAUGCUUUCUCGCGCUUUGCAGAAGGCGAAUACUGCAGUCUUGCUGGACAAUGCGCAAAACUUCGAGGGUGCGAUGGAGGCGUACGGGGAUGCGUGCAAGCUGCUGCAACAAGUCAUGAUACGGAGUUCAGGAGAAGAGGACAAACGGAAACUGGACGCAAUCCGUGUGACUUAUACAAAUCGCAUUGAGGAGCUACGAAGACUUGAUCCGGGCUAUCACUCCUCGACUGGUAAAUCGCUACCCGCGCGACCCAUGAGCAAUGAAUCGCUUGAAGCAGGACGAUCAAUGCUGUUUGGAGACGACGACGAAGAACCCGUCAUUGAAACUGCCAAGAUCAGCAGGAUUGUCGACGACCGGCCUGUGGACGAUGAUGAUGUACAUGUAAGAUCUGACUCAAGAUCACGAAAUCCCCAGCACCUGCCUCUGAGAUCGGUGCAACCAGGUGGGCAGAGAGAAUCUGUAAUAUCUACUGCGAUUCGUGAUGUGCAGACAGGCAUGGCGAGCCCACCCCAGUUCCAUUUGCAACCUCCACCCGGUCGACUUGCUGGCAAUUCCGCAGGGUUAGAAGCACCCGGAUUAGAGUCUCCCAUGGACCGAAGUUACAUGCCUCCGCCUUUGUCUCCACGCCGGCCAAUAUCGCCACUUCCUUCUUCGAAACCAGACGCCGAUCCAAGCUCGCGAGACAGGCUGGAAGAACCUACGCGAGCAGGGCACCAGCGAGUCAACAGCACCGAGUCGAUAUCAUGGCUUGACACGAUCGACGAGUCUGGCGGCUCUUCCUGUUCAUCAUCCGUACAUUCGCUUUCCCCACGCGGGCUGCGCCGGAAGCAUAUUCGAAAUGGCAGCGGCGCAACAGAAGCCGAAUUUGAUGCUGCACUCGAUGCAGCCGUGGAAGCUGCAUAUGAUGAAGGCUAUGAACCUUACGAAGAUGGAAUGCCGGACUCUGCUGAGCUGAGGGCAAACAGAUUAAGGAAUGUAGAGCUAGCUAAAGAGCGAGUACGAGAAGCAGAAAGAGAAGAGGCUAUCGCGGCCGCAAAGUAUCGCUACAAGGAAACGCAAUUGCGAAACGAACCAUUACCACACGUCAGAGAGAGCGCGGAGCUCAAUUUCCACGAUGAAGCUGAAGAAGAGGAACGAUUGCUGGAUGAGAUCACAAGGGAAUACAUGCUGGACGGAUUUGAUUUUGACCUCCAAACAAAGUCGUCAUUGCCGCGGCAAUCAGACUCCAGUGGCUUCUCGGGUAGCACGUACAACAGUUCGGUAUCGUCGCACAGGACAACGGGUGGAACGUCACUAUCGACCGUUGCGGAAGUCUUGCAGCCAACGAAGCCCAAAGCGCCCAUAAGUUCUCCGCCACCGGUUUCCGCAUCAUCUGGUACCUUGGCGUCGGUAUCGGAGUCUCGAACGUCGGACGGGAACGACGCUUCUGAAACGACACCAAAGGCCCAAAUCGUCACCAAAGACGCGGCGUCGGUACGCAGUCGGAGGCUAUCUGGGCAAAACCUCAAGUCGCUGAAGAUUGAAACCUCAUUACCACCAGUCCCUCCAGCGCCGCACACGGACAAGGCGUCUCAUGUGGAGAGAGAAGCGCGACCUGAAGUUCCGCCACUGCCUAAAUCUGCGGCUGCUGCUACGUUCAGCAGUGCCCAGCCCUUGGUCGAUGCGACUUUCAAAAUUCCCACGAUUCCGCAAUCACAUCCCCAGACCGGACUUAACGCACCCUCGCCACAGACUCUUGGCCCCAGCUCGGCAGACACUGCUUUCGCCGUAUCACCAGCCACAUUAGCACUCAAUAAUGCCAUGUCGAACGACAGUCUUCCCGCUCCUGCGUCUCCGAAGGCUGGCAAGGGUUCUUCGAUAGGGAUCAGGAAGAACAAGUCCUCUCUUAGCUUGAAGCAACGUAAUCUUUCGGUAUCAAGCCCAGAUGGCUCAGAUGGAUCAGUCGCGACACCAAUGAGCGCUACGUUCAAUUUCAGUGGUCGCAAGGCAAGCAUUGCGCCAAUACCUACGCCUACACCGAGUGUGCCAACCUUCAACGUCGAUGGCCUGCCGAGCGGGGGUAUGCAUCUCUUCGAAAGCGAUAUUCACUCACCUUACUCCCCUGGCUCGCCUAGCGGUGCCGUAGCGAAUGCGCCAAUUCCACUCGAGCCGUGCCCGGAGUCAUAUCUCCUUCGACCUUUCUGGCUAAUGCGAUGUUUCUACCAGACCAUCGUGCACCCGCGCGGCGGAUAUCUUUCAACGAAGCUAUUUAUUCCUCGCGACGUAUGGCGGGUCAAAGGUGUCAAACUAAAGAACGUGGACGACAAGAUUGCCAACUGUGAUCUGCUUACCGCCGCGCUGCAGAGACUGUCAACCGUAGACACACUCGAUGCCGACGCCGUUCUGGAAGAAAUGCAAGCAUUCGAGGUAGUCCUGGACCAAGUACAAACACAGUUGGCGAAGAAGCUCGGCAACGAAGUAGGCAUGCAAGGCGUGUCAGUGCUUUUCAAAGAUGCCUACACGGUAGGAGUAGGAUCGGCUGCCGACGGCAACUCUGAGAAGGGUUCACAUGGAUCUCAAGACCAUGCCCCAAAGAGUGGCAUGUCGCAGAGCAAGUCGUACCUCACGUCGUGGCGUAAAUUGCGAUCGAAGAAUUCCGCCGUGGGCUUGAGCAACAUGGCAGGAGCAAAGAGCGCGGCGCCAGAAGUCUCUAAGGACUCGCUGACCAUGGCCACGCUGCCCAUGACAAACUUACCGAAUAUCAGAUUCGCGAAACGUGACGUCUCGAAUGUAGCGUUUGAGGGCCCGAACGGUGGAUACAUGAGCAGCUUAGCGAAGCUGUUUGAUUCAGUUCAGAUACUGGAUCAAAUCGCUCGCCAAGUCGAAGACCCCGGCCUCAAACAUUCGUCGCCCACGCAUGUCGGCCUCGAACUCUGCGCCCGUCACGCCGCCGAGUUCUUCGGCUUUUAUAUCUGCCGCUUCGUGCUCGCGGAUAUGACGCUCAUGCUCGACAAGUUCAUCAAGAGGGGAAGCGAGUGGGUGCUCGUAUGAGGAGCACAUGCAAUAGCAUCGUCCUAUCGCAUACACAUGCACCCAACAUACAAAAUACACUACUACACGCUGUAAUGAAUGAAGAGGAUAGUAUUAGGACCCCAUCCACCUACGCACGGGAUGGGCUC